AUGAAUGUGAACAAGUGGAUAAAGCCUUUAGUAAGAGCAUGCAUGUGCUUUUUUGGAAUCCUUGGUAACAACUGGCUGGCUUUUCGUUCCCUGCCAAAAUCCAGAUCUCGGCUCCGAACUAACGACAUCCUGUUUGUCAACUUGGCUGUAUCCAAUUUGAUCACCAAUUACUUGGUGGACCUGCCAGACACCUUAGACUUUGCAGUCCACUGGACCGCAGCCGGAAGAUACUGCGCUGGGUUCAAUUUCUGCUCGGACAUCUCAGAGACCAGCAGCAUCUUCACCACCAUGUUCAUCACUAUGUACUGGCAUCAGAAGCUUGUGGGCUCUCUGAAGCAUGGAGGAGCUCCUGUGCAAAUGGACAACCUCCGCCUCAUCACCGCACUGCUGACAGGGAGCUGGGCCUUCGCCACCGUCUUCAGCAUUCCUCAUUUCUUCUUCAGCUCUACAGGCAUCUUGAACCAAAGCUCCGAUGACUGCAUGGAACAAUUCUCAACCCAAGAGGCCAGGCAAACCUACGAGAUGCUGUACCUUACACUGGCAAACCUUGCUCCGAUUAUUGGCAUAGUUUUUGCAAGCAUCCAAAUUGCAGUCACACUUGUACAGAACGAGAGGCGGAUCAAGAAAAACACGAACGUGUUCACUAGAGGAGGAAACGCCAAGAUGAAGACUCAAGAACCCACAUCCAAAGAUAUAACGUCAAAUGCUGCAAAUAGCGUCCAAGACCAACGACAAGGGGUCCAAAGGUCUCAAGACAAAACCAGGUCCUCCUCAGGUAAUCAGGUGAGGGCUGCCAAGAGUGUGGUGACAGUGGCCACCGUUUUCGUGAUCUGCUGGCUAACACACCUCAUGCUCAGCAUAACCAUCACCGUUUACGAGUCCAUUGUAGUAGCGGACAUCAUCAGCUAUAUAGGAGCAACAUAUACAUGUAUUAUCCCUUAUAUGUACUUGCAUGGCAUGAAGAAGUUGAACUGCUCCUCCAAAGGCUGAGCAGCAAUCUGAAAAUAGCACACCAGAAUGCUCAGUUCUCCCAGACACAACAGGAGAGGAGAAAGGAGAAAGGACAAGUGAAGCGUUAAGCUAC